UUUAUAAUAUCUUUAGAGUUUUACUGGCUUUACUUUUUUAUCAGGAGAUGUUUCUCAUUGUUAUUUUUGAAUCUACUAAUGAAGUGGAAGUAGUCCCUGACAUUUGGGUGAAAAAAAACACCUGUUUGUGGCCACCGUACAAACGUGAAGAAACUGUAAAAGCAGUGAAAUCACAGGAACCACCUGGAGCACGUUGGAUUCCCUACAAAUUACAUAUGAAGAAGCAAGACUCAAACUGCCAGAGGCUGAACGAUUCACAGAUUUGACAGAUUCAGAAGACUCUCCACUCAAACGUAGACGGAGAAGAAUGAAGAAGAAUGUAGUCCUUGAAGAGGAAGACAGUGAAAGUGAGAGGCAGCAAGCAUCCACACUACCCAGCCCUCCCAAAAUGGCUUCUGCAAAGAAGCGGCCUUAUUCACUCUCCCUGCUUUCACAGUCGUCUCCUACAGCCGUCAACGUAGGAUGCUCAGGCAAUGAAAGGACUGCUGUCAGUGAAUUGUGCUCCGAAAGAAGGUGCAACAUAACACCUAUCCCACUGUCAAGAAUUAGAGAGGAUGUUGAUUCUCUCAGUGGAGGAAACAUCACACCAUCCCAGGUCAGAACUGACCAUUCCGGCAUAUUGAUUAAUAGAAGAACCACAGCUACACCAACUCAUGCCCAAAAUGCAGACUUCAGUGAAUCUGUGAUACGAACCAUCCUGACCAAUCAAGAAGUCAUCAAAGAUCAGAUGGGCAUUUUGGUGAAGCUAGUUCAUCAGUUAAAGGGGACUGCAGAAGAGAGCCCAUCUCUACCACCGGAAACCCUUCUGGUUGCAACCCUUCAAGAGCUUCUGGUUUUGGAGGGAAAGCUGCUUGAUCAAGAAUUCAAGAAAACUCUGACGAUUACCUUGGCACAAAGAGGAGGUACAACCGUUAAGGACACUGUUUGGAGAAUGAUGGGAUACCUCUUGACCAAUGAACUUGCCAGACAGAUGAAUUGGAAAGGAGCCAAUGGCAAGGCAGCCUUCAAGAACCUUAUUCUAAGAGGGAUAAUCAAUGAGGCUGUACGAAGAAACCGACUUACAGCAACAACAACAGAUCAAGAAACUGAACUGUGGAUUAAAAGGUGGCUCCGUCUUGCUGGAGACAGAGAUGGAGGACACCGUGCCAGGCAGCGAACUGAUAACUGAUGUAACUGAGACAGUCUACUUGUUGAGAACAAUGCUAUAGUUCAGCACACUUUCAGCUACAUUAAUUGUUGUGACAAAUUUAAAGUUUAAUUUGUUUUGUUAACUUUGUUCAAUGUGGCUUAGUUUUAUUCUGUUUUCAGCCAUUAUAAUGGGUGUUUUUUGCAUUGGAGCAACCAUCAAAAAAUAUAUUUAACGCUAGGCAGAGGUGCUGUCAUUUCGUGAACACAAGUUGAUUGUGACAGAGGACAUUAGACACUAUUUUUUCCCAAAACUUACAAGGGGGAAUGCAAACGUUGUUCCACAGGAGCUCACGGACUGCAGAUGUGCCCACAGGCAUUUUUUGUUUAUUGGCCCAUUCAGAAAAUCUAACAUUUUCUAUUUAGCUAACUAUUCAUUCAUUUUAAUAAAUGGAAAUGAAUAACAAAAGCAGUCAUUGUUUGUUACUAGAACUGCUCUAUUACAAGGUGGAUUGAGUAUCAGAAAGAGGUUUGAGUGUUGUGAGAUGGUAAUGCAAAAUAGUUAUUGGUCCUUACCUGAUUGUGGACCUGUGGUCCUGUGUGGACCUGUGUGUCCUGGUCUAUACAUAAUUGAUGUCCAUUGUCUAGGUUCUGAGCUGAUUUCCCCUGGCACAUGGCUGGUACAUAACUGACAUACGGCUCAUGUAAGUUAAGGGUGUCAUUAAUUCCU